GCUAGCAGCCAAGAGAGUUUGCCCUAGGUUGCGCCAAGAGCGUUUGCCCUAGGUUCUUUGCGAGGAGCUGCGCCGCGAUCUUUUUGCAAGGUACUGUCUGGAGAUCUAGCAGCAAUGCCGGCGCCAGUGCUGGUUCUCAAUGAAUCGACCAAGCGCGAGACGGGGAGCAAGGUCUACCACGCCAACAUCCAGGCGUCCAAGGCCGUGGCGGACAUCAUCCGGACGACUCUGGGCCCAAGAUCCAUGCUCAAGAUGCUGCUGGACGCCUCGGGGGGGAUCGUGCUCACCAACGAUGGAAAUGCGAUCCUCCGGGAGCUGGACGUGGCUCACCCGGCCGCCAAGAUGAUGCUGGAGCUCAGCCGGACGCAGGACGAGGAGGUGGGCGAUGGCACCACCUCGGUCAUCAUCCUCGCCGGGGAGAUGCUCUACGUCGCGGAGCCUUUCCUGGAGAAGCUCUUCCACCCCACCGUGAUCUGCCGCGCCUUCGCCAAAGCUCUCGAGGACUCGCUGGCGGUGCUCGAACAGGUUGCGUUCCCGAUCGACGUGAGCGACCGGGAAAUGCUGCUCAACAUCGUCCGGAGCUGCAUUGGGACCAAGUUCACGAGCCGGUUUGGAACUCUCAUCGCGGACCUGGCCAUCGACUCGGUCAACAUGGUGGCGAUCGAUCUCGGCAAUGGUCUCAAGGAGAUCGACGUGAAGAAGUACAUCAAGGUGGAGAAGAUCCCCGGCGGCCAGCUCGAGGAAUCGAAAGUUCUCAAGGGCGUCAUGUUUAACAAGGACGUGGUGGCUCCUGGCAAGAUGCGACGACGCAUCGUGAGCCCCCGGAUCGUUCUCCUCGACUGCCCGAUCGAGUACAAGAAAGGCGAGAACAUGACCAACGCGGAGCUGAUGAACGAGGAGGACUGGAGCACGCUGCUCAAGCUGGAGGAGGAGUACAUCCAGACGAUGUGCUCGCAGAUCGUCAAGUUCAAGCCGGACGUGGUGAUCACGGAGAAGGGCCUGAGCGAUCUGGCGUCUCACUACUUCAGCAAGGCGGGAGUGAGCGCCAUCAGGAGGAUCCGAAAGACGGACAACAACAGGAUCGCGCGGGCCUGCGGAGCCACCAUUGUCAACCGGCCGGAAGAACUCCAGGAGAGCGAUGUUGGGACCGGGGCCGGGCUCUUCGAGGUCCAGAAGAUUGGCGACGAGUUCUUCACCUUCAUCACCGACUGCAAGGAUCCAAAGGCGUGCACGAUCCUUCUCCGUGGCGCGAGCAAGGACGUGCUCAACGAAGUGGAGAGGAACCUCCACGACGCGAUGGGAGUCGCCAGGAACGUCAUCCGGGACGCAAAGCUCCUCCCGGGCGGAGGAGCCACCGAGAUGGUGGUGUCGGCCGCGCUCAAGAAGAAGGCGUCGUCCAUCGAGGGCGUGGAGCAGUGGCCUUACAAGGCGGCGGCACAGGCUUUCGAGGUGAUCCCACGGACUUUGGCACAGAACUGCGGUGUCAACGUGAUCCGGACGAUGACGGCUCUCCAGGCCAAGCACGCCGACGAGAACAACGCCAACGUCGGGAUCGAGGGCCACACCGGGAAGAUCACGGACAUGAAAGAGGCAGGAGUUUGGGACUCGUUUGGUGUCAAGGCUCAGACGUUUAAGACGGCGAUCGAGGCUGCUUGCAUGCUUCUCAGGAUUGACGACAUUGUGAGUGGCAUCAAGAAGAAACAGACUGGGCCGAAAGCCAAGACGCCAAAGACUCAGAUCGAGGAUGACAAGGAUGUGGAUAGUGAGCAAGCUAUUCCAGAGUGAAAAGAAGUUUACGUAAUUUUACUCUCUUUUUUUUUCAUUUCUUUUUUUCCUUUUUCCCAGUUUCCAGUUUAGCUUGUGUUUAAAAUCUUAAAAUUACAUGGCCUCCCAACAGACAUUGCCUACCAGGUUGAGAAAGUA